UUAACAUUUAUACUCUUUGCAAGAAAUAAGCUAGUCCGUAAAAGUUUUCGAUUUCGAAAGCUCUACCGCUUACUCUCCAUCAAGUUCUUGCAAACUUCAGAUACAAUUAAAAAGGGAAGUGAUGGCGACAGAUGCCAUGAUUCAAGUCCUGACAGACAAAUUGUUCACUGCUUUACUUAAUCAAGCUCAAAUUGCAUUUGAUUUCAAAGAUCAGUUUGGAAUAAUGAAGAUAAAGCUUGAGCUUAUGACGGCCUUCCUCUCCUCCACUGACAAUCUCAAGACUCAUCAUCGGGAAAUGGCCCAGAAGAUUUUGCCUAAUAUCAGAAAACUUAUAUAUGAAGCUGAUGACAUACUCACAGAUUGCCUACUUAGAGAUGAGUAUCGGAAACAUGGGUCAGUUUGCUCGAGUUUAUCGCCUCGUCAAAUCGCAUUCCAGUAUCGAACAGGCAAAAAAUUGAAACUUAUUAACUCACGGUUUCAAGAGAUGGAGAAAACAAUGAGCUCGGUUUUGGGACCGGAAUUGACAACAAACAGGGGAAAUAAUGCGCAUCAAAUAGUAAAAUAUUCCUCACAGUAUUAUGACCCAUCUGAGAUCAUCGGUUUGGAGGAUGACAUUGAAAAGAUAAAAGGGUGGAUGUUAGAAAGUAAUAAGGAAUUUCACCAUGUCGGAAUUGUGGGGAUGGGAGGCUUGGGAAAAACCACCAUUGCCCAGAAAAUUUUCAAUGAUAGAGACGUGGUUGCUUACUUUGAGAAGAUGAUUUGGGUGCCAGUUUCUCAGAGUUUCAGCGAAGAACGGAUUACGACGAUCAUGAUGAAACAGUUAGGUAUUGAAGGAACUGGAUUUGAUGAAAGCAGCAAGUGGGCCCAAAUUCGCCGUGUACUUCGUGAUAAGAAGUGUCUUGUUGUUAUGGACGAUGUCUGGAGAAUGGAUCUUGAUUGGUGGAAGAAUUUUUGCGGUGAAAGCAGUUUCUUUAUCAUCACAUCAAGAAAUGAAGAUGUUGUAAAGCAUAUGGGGGUUGACAACUCGCGGAUUCAUCGGCCAAGAACUUUGAAUGAGGAGGAAAGUUGGUUAUUGUUCUGCAAGUUCGCAUUUUCCAGGAGCAGGGGACAAUGCUCCAAUGAUCGUUUAAAAAGAGUGGGCGGGGACAUCUUGGAGAAAUGUGGCGGGCUUCCUCUGGCAAUAAAGACAAUAGCAGCCUUACUUGCGCCAAUCUUACGAAUCUACAACUCUCUUUACUGA